GUAAUAUUGGUCUGCAGGACAUCGAUAACAAGAUGCUGAUGGGCAUUAAUGUAACCCCAAUAGCCGCUCUACUGUAUACCCCUGUACUUAUCAGAUUUUUUGGUACAAAGUGGAUGCUGUUCCUCUCCUCUGGGAUCUAUGCCUUGUUUGUCUCCACCAAUUACUGGGAGAGAUACUACACCCUCGUCCCAUCAGCAACUGUCAUUGGAGUUAUGAUUGUCCCCUUCUGGGCAUCAAUAGGCAAUUACAUCACCAGGAUGGCUCAGAAGUAUUACGAGUUUGUGAACUACAGAGAAGAACACGUCAGGGAGCAGCGCCGUGUGCCGCGAGGAGCCAGCCACAAAUACAUCAUCAUUUUUCAGAGUAUCUUCUAUUCCAUUUUCCAUUUGAGCUUUGUCCUGUCCCAGUUUCCUGUGUACUUCUUCCUCAACAAGUUCCUGUAUUCAUGUAACCACACGCUCUUCAACGUGCAUGACUGUGGUGCUUCAAUUCAACGUGGAGUCCUCCCAAAGGGGUUCAACGUCACUGUCCUUCACUCUCUACCCCCUAGUAUCAGUCUCAUCCAUGUGGAAAGCGUUCUCAUGGGGGCAGCACUUCUAGCUAUGCUGCUGUUCUUGGUUCUCUGUGGCUCUGCAUAUCGCCCAACUGAGGAGAUUGACCUUCGCAGCAUAGGCUGGGGGAACAUCUUUCAAUUACCCUUCAAGCAUUUCAGAGAUUACCGCUUGCGCUGCCUUGCUCCAUACUUCCUGUACAGCGGGUUUGAAGUCUUGUUUGCCUGCACAGGCUUUGUGCUGUGCUAUGGAGUGUGCUCCCUCGGCUUAGAGAAGCUUCCAUAUUUAAUCACAGCAUAUGGGUUAUCAGCCUCUGUCUUCUCCACCCUCGCCCCCUGUGUUUCCUUCGGCUACCACGCCAAAUCCCCCUGGCUGGGGGUGCCGUAGUGCACAUGUGCAUCCUAGUUGCCUUGUUUUUUUGGAGUCCGCAACCCAGGAAACAAAACGCAGGGUCCCGUGCUUUAUUUGAUAGCAGUACUGUGGGGUUUGGGCAGCGCCCUGAAUAAGACCGGCCUCAGCAUUUUAAUAGGAAUGUUUUAUGAAGAUAAAGAACGUCAGGACUUUGUGUUUACCAUUUACCACUGGCUCCAAGCGCUCGCUAUAUUUGUUGUUUACUUGUGGGCAGAGCUGCCAAUGAUGGCCAAACUUGGGAUUAUGCUUGCCUCGGCUGUAAUUUCUGUCCUUUCCUAUCUCUGGAUGGAGCGUAAAAUUAGCUCCAAAUGGAAGCCCCGCAUCCCCAAGAUCCCUGCCCCUCGCCACAAGAUGAAGGGUUACCGCUACUUGGAAGAAGAAAAUUCUGAUGAGUCAGGAUCAGAGGAGGAGAAUGAAAGUGGUGAGAGCGAGAGAUCUGGAAGCGAAGCGGAAAAUGACGAAGGAGAGCAACCAGUUCGAGCCCGAAGGAAGCGCAGGAAUGGAGAACACUGCUAUGAGCAGGCAGUAGAAGAGGAGUAA